UCUCUCCUUCCUACCUCUCCUCUCCUCUCCUCUCCUCUCCUCUUUGUCACAAGAAAUUAGAGAAUACGUCCACACAGCUUCCCAUCUUUUGAGAUAUGUUCUUCCCGAUCAGAUAGCAGAAGAGGAAAAAGAAAGCAUCAUUCCACCUCCUCCUCUUCUUCCAUCCCUUCAAAUUCUUCAUGGAUUCAGUAAUGUUGGCGGAUUUGGUGCAAAUGAACCCAGAGAUAGCCGGCGGCAACUAUCACCAAUUAGCCGCCCCGGCGUCGACGUCGAUUGUUGCUGCUGCUGUUGAUGCUCCUGCUCCGAGUUUAAGCCGGUACGAGUCGCAGAAGCGGCGCGACUGGAUCACGUUCGGACAGUAUCUGGCGAACCAGCGGCCGCCGGUGGCGGUGGCGCAUUGCAGCAGCGCGCACGUGCUGGAGUUCCUGCGGUACUUGGACCAGUUCGGUAAGACAAAGGUGCACGUGACGGGAUGCCCUUUCUUCGGCCUCCCCUGCCCGCCCGGCCCCUGCCCCUGCCCGCUCCGCCAGGCCUGGGGCUCCCUCGACGCCCUCGUCGGCCGCCUCCGCGCCGCCUUCGAGGAGAACGGCGGUCGCCCCGAGUCCAACCCCUUCGCCGCCCGCGCCAUCCGCCUCUUCCUCCGCGAGGUCCGCGAUCUCCAGGCCAAGGCCCGCGGCAUCAGCUACGAGAAGAAGAAGCGCAAAAGGCCGCUGCCGCUCUCUCCUCCCCCUCCGCCACCUCCCGCCGACUGAACAAACCGCCAAUUUCAGUACAUAUACAUUACUACAAUAUCUAUCUCCUUGCAUGUUAUCAUCACAUGAACAACAGCUAUCAAUCUCAUGAAAUCUAGGGUUUAAUUUACUGCUUAAUUCCCAGAAGCAUCAUAAAAAAUUUACAAGAUUUUGUGGAAAUGAACUGAGACAGUGAGGAACACAAGUACAAAGUACUGAACUUGAGGGGAAAGCAAACUAUUUAUGGAGAGUCUCAUCUUUAAAUGCUUACCCUCAAAGAAAAAAGUUGUGUGCUGGAUCAUGACACUAUUGUUAUUUUGACUGA